GCCAAAAAAAGGCCAUUUGGUUUGAGAGUGACCGCCUGUUGAAGCGUUCGUGUAACUGUUGCUGCCAUGGCGACGCGCAUCAGUAGUAUGUGCAUCCGCGGCCUCGGCGCCCUCCCGGGGCGCUUUGCGACGUCGCUGCCCAACCAUCUGGCCACAUACAAAUUCCAUGUAAGCGACAAAAGCUGACGGGACACAGGGGGUCACGAUAAGAGGCUGUGGGAGGGUGCGUAUGGAUGAUGGAUGGUAUGCUGGUGGCACCCGUUGGUGUGAUGUGUGACCUGUCAGAAAUGGCUCAACACAUCGCCUGCUCGUCUGGGAUUGGUCACCUUCAAAUUGGCCGAUAUCGGAGAAGGUAGGUAUCCAUCCAUUGGCUGAGGGCCUGAGGACCACAACCAGCGGCGUGACUGCAUGCAAUCCUCCAUUCAUUCACUGCUGUGUGUGUCGUCUCGUCUGUGUUGUGCAGGCAUUGCUGAGGUGGAGCUGCUCAAGAACUACAAAAAAGUGGGCGAGGAGAUCGAAGAGGUGGGUGAGCCACACAGAGAUGUGAGUGACGCGUGUAGGCCAUUGUGUGAAAGAUCCUGCCUGCAUCCAAUCCAUCCCUUUCCUUUGGUUUGAUCCCAUCCCAUCAGAUGGAGCAGGUGUGCGAGGUGCAGAGUGACAAGGCUGCCGUGGAGAUCACCAGUCGCUACAGCGGCCUGAUCAAGAAGAUAUACAACAACGAAGGCGACGUCAUCAAAAUCGGCGCACCACUCAUGGACAUCGAAGUCGAGGGCGAGGGUCAGCCAGCCAACCGACAAAGCCCACCAAUGACCAUCCUCGCUCUAUGCCAUCCUUCUAAUUGUGUGGUGUGUGCGUCUGCACAAAGGUGAUGAUGAGGCGCCCGAGCCAGUGGCUGAAGCCCCGAAGGCCCCGCCCAAGGAGGCGCCCAAGGCGGCCGCCCCCGCUGCUGGUGCCGGCAAGAAGGGCGGGGAGGCUGCACCGGCCGUCAGACGACUCGCUAAGGAACUGGGGGUCGACCUCGCCAACGUGGCGGUCAGUGAGUGAGGGGGGGAGGCUAGCCAUCAAUCUUUACGUGAGAUACUGAUGCUGAUGUGUCGGUGGUUGGUUCGUAUAUCAGGGCUCUGGCAAGGGUGGCCGCAUCACCAAGGAAGAUGUCGAGGCCGCUGCCAAGGUGGGUAAGAGACGCACCCACCGGUGUCUGGCCAUGGCAGACCGAACAGAAAUGCCUCUCUCUGAUGCUCUCUCUGUGCAGGGUGGUGCCCCGGCGGCAUCCCCCGCUGGUGCUGUUGGUGCUGCGGCCACACCAAUCAUCACACUGCCCACUCGACCGCCCAAGGAGAAUGUGUAUGUGACGGGAGAAAUGGCUACUGCCUCACACCCCUCUCGGCCCAUUUGCUGCCUGUCUGUGUGUCUGGUCUGCAGUGAGGUGCCGAUUCGUGGGUUCGCCCGCGCUAUGGUCAAGGUAAGGCGUUCGUGGACCCGAUGUCAGUCGGAAAGACGGCAGCCAGUCUGCCUCUGCCGUAUGGUGGUUGUUGUGUCGGUGUCAGAGCAUGGAGGCCUCCCUCAAGGUGCCGCACAUGAACGUUGGUGACGAGAUCGACGUGUCCAAAUUGGUGACAAGAAAGAAAGAACCUUGAUACACACACACACACACGCACACACACGUGUACCGGCUACUGCGUGCUUCUGACUCCUUGCUGCCCCCUCCCCUCCCCUCCCCCCUCAGAUGGAGUUGCGGGCUGAGUUGCGCCCCGUGGUUGAGAAGACGUUUGGUCUGAAGCUGACGGUGACGCCCCUCGUCAUCAAGGCCUUCUCCCUCGCCCUACUCAAGUACCCCAUACUCAACUCCAAAAUCGACCCAUCCGGCGACAAGGUCGGUGCUUCCACGGAGGGGGAGGGAACACAGCCACCGUCUGUUUCCCUGUUCCCUCUUGGUCUGUUCAUUCAUUCAGUACACUCAAUUCGGUUCGCACAACAUAUCGAUGGCCAUCGACACGCCCAACGGUGAACGAUCGACGCAGAAAGAGACUGUCAUGAUGGCUUUGCGUUGUAUGUAUGCCUGUUGUGGCCCGCCCCUUCCGUCAGGUCUGGUGGUGCCCAACAUCAAGAACGUACAGGACCUCAACGUCGUGGAGAUCCAGUCGGAGCUCUCCAGGCUCCAGAAACUGGUGGGCGGGGUGGACAUGGCCAUGCCAUCACACACACACGAUGGGCCGCUGAUCUGAUUGUGUGGGUGUGUGUGUGGCAGUCUCAAGACAACAAGUUGUCGAAUGCGGACCUGACGGGCGGCACGGUGUCGAUAUCCAACGUGGGGGUCAUCGGCGGCACAUACGUCAAGGCCAUCCUAUUCGACGGACAGGCAAGCAAAGCAAAGCAUGGUGGCACCCUCACAGCCAGCCGGCCAGGGCAGACAGACAGACAGACAGACAGACCAGCUCACACACGCGAUGGAUGGAUGGACCAUCAUGAUUUUCCUUCCUGCCUGCCUGCCUGCCUGUCUGUCCUAUCCCAUCUCAUAUAUCAGGCCUUGAUUUUCGCCCUCGGCAAGACGCAGGCGCUGCCGCGCUUCGAUGACAAGGGAACGGUAGGCGCCGCACCCCCGCCGACAGCUAGCUCUGCGGUCUCAUUGAUUGGUUGAUUGUGUGUGUGCAGGUGGUGAAGUCUCAGGUGAUGAAUGUCGGCUACUCUGCCGACCACCGGCACGUUGAUGGGGCCACGGUGGCACGAUUCGCGACAGAGUGAGUUGCAAGCAGAAAGGCCAGACGCGUCACCACAUCGAUCGGCACUGGUUGAUGCUCUUGUCUUGUCUGUGUGUGUCUGGUCUGUCAGGCUGAAGAUGUACCUCGAGAAUCCCGGCAUGAUGCUCCUGCGCAUGGCCUGAUCGACAUUGUCAAUGAUAGACGGACAGAUCGGAAUCGCUGUUUCUCGUUGACUGUGUGGUGUGUUGAUGCAUUUGUGGGCGGGGCUGCCGGCAUGGCAUUCACACCCGACGCCCGGCCACACGGUCGGGUGUGAAUCCUCAUGUUGGCAGCCCCGAUCAUGCUGCACAACAAACAACACACACAAAUGACAUGCCUACUCGGUCUCCCUCUCUCUCUCUCUGUGUGUGUCUGUCUGUCUGUCUGAGUGUGUUUUAACUGGCUCAUUUGGUCGAUUGAUCGAUUGCUUGAUGCACACUUACGGCAAUUUUGCUGGGGACUGACCGUGACCGAGUGUUUUCAGUUCCGCCUGUUUUGCGUGCUCGGUUGGAUGGCCGCCAAUGCGUCAGCUGCAUGAAAGGGCCGACCGCUCAGACAGACCGAUGACCGCUGCCUGCUCACCGCACUAUCUGUCCAUCCCAUGACAGCCAGGCAGCCUAUGGAUGGCCAUCAAUCAACGGUGUCGCUCGCCUACAGAUACGAUACAUGCGUACGCACAUAUAUAGCUUAGCUAGGGAUUGCAAUCAAUGACCUGCCUGCCUGCGUUGGAUGGAUGGCUGGCUGGAUGGAUGGAUGUGUGUGUGUACAGAUGUUAGUGCGUGGGUAGCUUAGCGUGGGCAAUGGAUGCAUCAAUCAAUGGAUUGUGUUGGUUGGCGUGACGUGACGUAUAUUCGGGUGUGCUCUGUGUCUCACAGACGGCCUGGCCUGUGUAUGUAUGUAUUCAAUGCCAACCCAUGGACCACGCAAAACUCAAACAUGGUCUUCCACCC